UGCCCGCUCGGGCUCCUUCGCCUCAUGGGCCGCGGCCGCUGCUGCUGCCGCCGCCGCCGCCCGCCUUCCCCAGCCGCCCCGCCGCCUCCUCCUCCACUGCCGCCGCCGCCUCGCUCGGGCCUCCUCCUGGCCGCCGCCCUGGUCGUCCUCUCCGGCGGCCGCCCCCUCUUCCUGCUGCAGGGGGGCCCCCCCCGCCCGCCCGCCCCGCGCAAAAUGGCGGCCGGAGCCGGGCCCGUCGGAAGCGGCGGGGGCUGCGGCAGCCUCUCCUCCAACGCAUCGGCGCCGUCGCCCCCUCAGGCCGGCAACGGGCCGCCCCCCGCUUCGCCUGCGGCCGCGCCGCCGCCGCCACCCUCGUCCUGCUCCAACAGCGGCGACGGGCCUCUGCUGCUGCUCUCGCCGCCUCAGGCAGCGCUGCCGUCCCCGCCUCUCGCCGUUGCUUCGCCUCAGGCCUCCUCCUCCUCCUCCGGGCCUACGCAUAACCACGGAGCGGGAGGAAGGGGCAGCAACCCGCUGCCGGUGGCGGCCAGCGGGGCUGCGGCGGCAGCGGCCGCUGCUUCGCCUUCGGGCCGGGCCUCUUCUUCGCCUUCACCGCCGCCGCCCGGACCGCGGGAAACGGCCUACAACUGGCAGGCGACGAAGCCAACGGUGCAGGAGCGCUUCGCCUUCCUCUUCAACAACGAGGUGCUCAGCGACGUCCACUUCUUGGUGGGCAAAGGCCGCGCCGGCGCCCAGCGCAUCCCGGCCCACAGGUUUGUGCUGGCUGUGGGCAGUGCGGUCUUUGAUGCAAUGUUCAAUGGCGGAAUGGCUACAACCUCCACGGAGAUAGAAUUACCUGAUGUAGAGCCUGCUGCUUUCUUAGCUUUGCUGAAAUUUCUUUACUCAGAUGAAGUUCAGAUUGGGCCAGAGACUGUGAUGACGACUCUUUACACUGCAAAAAAAUACGCAGUCCCUGCCCUUGAGGCUCACUGUGUGGAGUUUCUGAAGAAAAAUCUCAGAGCAGACAAUGCAUUCAUGCUUUUAACCCAGGCAAGACUCUUCGAUGAGCCCCAGUUGGCCAGCCUUUGCCUGGAAAACAUAGAUAAAAACACCUCGGAUGCCAUCAAUGCCGAAGGCUUCACUGAUAUUGACCUGGACACCUUGGUCGCAGUUUUGGAGCGAGACAGCCUUGGCAUCCGGGAGGUGCGCCUCUUCAACGCAGUGGUCAGGUGGUCAGAGGCUGAGUGUCAGCGGCAACAAUUGCAGCUGAUACCAGAAAACAAGCGGAAAGCUUUGGGCAAAGCUCUUUCCCUCAUUCGCUUCCCCUUGAUGACAAUCGAGGAAUUUGCUGCAGGGCCAGCUCAGUCGGGGAUCCUCACUGACCGUGAGGUGGUUAGCUUGUUCCUUCAUUUCACUGUCAACCCCAAGCCACGGGUAGAGUUCAUCGACCGCCCUCGUUGCUGCCUGAGAGGGAAAGAGUGCAGCAUCAACCGUUUUCAGCAGGUGGAAAGCCGCUGGGGGUACAGUGGGACCAGUGACCGGAUCAGGUUCUCUGUCAACAAGCGGAUAUUUAUAGUUGGAUUUGGGUUGUAUGGCUCGAUCCAUGGCCCCACAGAUUACCAAGUAAAUAUACAGAUAAUUCACACAGACAGCAACACCGUCCUGGGCCAAAAUGACACUGGAUUUAGCUGCGACGGAUCCUCCAAUACUUUCCGGGUGAUGUUUAAGGAGCCUGUGGAGAUCCUGCCCACUGUCAGCUACACAGCCUGUGCAACGCUGAAGGGACCCGACUCUCACUAUGGAACCAAAGGAUUGCGGAAGGUGGUCCACGAGUCACCAACCACAGGGACAAAGACCUGUUUUACUUUCUGCUAUGCCGCCGGCAACAACAACGGCACCUCGGUGGAAGAUGGACAGAUCCCAGAGAUCAUCUUCUACACAUAGCAGGUGCUACUGGAAAUUCGCCAUUGGACAGGCUCGGCGCUCCCUUCCCGCUCCCUCCAUCUGAGACCGCCAGCUUGUUCUGCUACAGUGAUAGGAUGGGCUCCCAUCGGCAGACUCGGAUUGGGCAAGCACUCCCAGAUUGCACGUGCUCUACAUCCAGAUGCAUGUCGGCCUUGCUGGACUGAGGCUGGCAAUCUCUCCUGUUUGUGUUGCCAAUCUGCCUGGGUGAUUUCCUUGCACUGAAUGUAGCUGCUUUUACAUCUAGUCAUUCUCGUGGAGAAAACUUAACUCUCAUGAGAAGUGACCCCUUCCCCCCACCAAAGAGAUUUUCCCUCCCCACAUUUCUGGCAGGCAGGAGGCUAGCAUGGGGUUGGUGGUAAAGGCGUCUUAGAUGGUUAGCGGAGUGGUAGGGCUUUGUUCCCAUUGCCCUUGUCCCCUCCCAGUUGUCUAGCAGGACAAAUGACUUGUUCUCUUUGGGGUAAUUGUGUACACAGCCUGAAGGUGGUGGUGGUGGGAGGGCAGCCUUUUGCAUGACAAGCAGCAUUUCAAGACAAUCCUUGACCCUGAGAAAAUAGCAGAGCUAAAACAGGCCGACGAACUGACCUUCCAGUUCAGUGUUUCUCAAACAUCGGCCUUUUAAGAGGUUCGGACUUCAAUUCUGGGAGUUGAAUUCCAAACCUCUUAGAAGGACCAUGUUUGAGAAACACUGUUCCAGUGUGUGUUUGCUGGCUUUCAAGGGAAAGUAAAGUGUGAAUUUACUUUACUGACCUGAUCUGUUAGAUUGGGACCCCGAUCCAAAGGCAGCCCAUGCUUGGUGAUAAUGCAGAUGUAUUAGGAGGCCAAUAUAUUUGGAGGAUGACAUCAGGAAAAGGCUGCCUUAAGAUCUACUUUACACGACUUUUCCUACUUCUGUGAGGUUGCUGAAGAGUCAGGAGCAGAUUGUGGGUCUCCCUGCUCAUGGCCUUGGCGAGCAGUUUGCAACCACCUGUACUUGAUCAUUGUAAUUAAGAGAAGCAUCUAAAUUUCUGGCCUUUUGUCCUCAGAAAGUUUCUUCUGCUGCUAAUAUAGUGCAACUUAACAAUGCAUUUUUGAUUCUUGUUACCCUAGUGACAGGCUGGUGCUGUGGUUAGUUUGUGUUUGUAUGCGUGUGUGUAUUUCCCCUUAAACAGGGAGGGAACUCCCCGUCUCUUAAGCCAUUUUUUGCAGAAAUCUAAUUCAGAGAGAGAGAUUUCAGGAAUUUUUUCAGGAGGAAAAAUGCCUUUUUACGUUCACGAAUUCUAAAGCUAGAAUAUGGUUCUUAUGGGAUGGGCAGAAAUUAUUGUUCAGAUGCAUUUAGGAUGGCUCUAGGCAACCCCAGCUCUAUGGCAGUACAGAUUCCCCAGCUGUGCUUCCACUUGAGCAUAACUUGGACUAAUGGUAUGUGGCAGUCCCUGACUAAAAGGACUUUUAUGACUCUUGGCCAGGUGUUGCUUUAUUCAUUCAUGCUUGGUUCCUCUUCCUAUUAGUAAGUCACAGCUGUCAGUGUGCUAUGGAUGCUACUUUCCUACAUUUGUUACUUUGGAAAAAUUGCAAUAUGAAGUAAGCAAUCCUAGAAAGUAUUUGAGGGCGCUAUUCAAAUAAGCGCCAAAAAAUAUGAUGGGGUGGGGUACUAAGUCAGCUUUUUACUCUGGUGGGAAGAUAAAACUAAAUCCCACUGCGAUGAUCUACAAAUUCAUUUAGCCAUUGUUACUGCAGUGUUUUGGUCAAGGAUUUGGUGUGAUUCAUCCAAACUGUAUACACGCCCUUCUCCAAAGUAAUAAAUCGGCAAGAAAGCAGUUCAAUUCUCUGAGAAAUAGUUCCUCAUACUAAACAUCUGUGUAGUUCCUCUACAAUAGUCAGAUGUGUUGUACAUUUUGCUUCUCAGUAGAAAUUCACUGAUUUGCUUUCUUCAACCUGGUAUUGGACUGCAACUUCCAUCCUUCCCCAGUAGCAAUUUUGCCAUUACUUUGGGAAGCCUGCCUUUAAAUAUGACCCCUUAAUGAUGGCAUUAAGACCUUGUUUGAUUUACCAAAGUUGCGUCCCUCUUCCUUUGAUUCUAACAGAAUAUUUCACCACAAAAAGUCUUCAACUGGGACAGAAUCUUUAAUCAGGAAAAAGGGUUACCCUGGAUUUUUUUUGUUUUGUUUUUUGUUUUCCACUGUCAGGAGGUGUGUUUCCCUUUGAAACUACUUGUCUGGAAAUACAGAUUAUUCCACAGAAGUCCUUGAGCCUUAUGUCACGCAAGUCUGUUUUUGAAUCUUCCUUGUAUAUUGUUAAUCACUGUAUAAUGUGUGUACAUUUCUAUUCCGGCCAGUAUGUAGAAUGGAACCAUUCUCCAGUUACUAUCUCUCCAUCAGCAGACAGUAGAGAAAAUAUGCACAUCGGUGAUUUUUAUCAAGAGGCUUAUUCAAUAUCCACACAUCAGUUCAUGAGGCUCUACAUUUUAUAGCUUGCUUUCCUCAAUAAUCCUAUCAUCUUCACCACCACCACCUUUCCAGAGAACUGUUUUCUCAGCAAUGUGCUCAUCUGUUUUUCUGUAGAUGAAAAAUAAUUAUUGAAUAAGUUUCUAAAAAGGCCUACUUAAAAAUAGUUUAAAAGUAGUUUGUAACUCUUGACUGCUGGCUACUUUAAGUUGGAUGGCUGAAAGCAUUUCAGUCAUCCUUUAAAAUCCCUUUGGGGGGGGUGGGGGUGUAGGUCUCGGAUUGUUGUAUAAAAUCUGGUGUUUAUUAAAAUGUCCCCAACUGAAAGGAAAGUUCAGUUGAAGUUCUUGCAGCCUGACACAAAUUCUAGCAUUUGCAAAUUAAUCUUGGUGAUGCCAAGAGCAAACUUCCAGUAGUGUCACUGACUGCUCAUGCGAUGCUAUACAAUAACUGUAUCAGAAACUGUAUUAUUCAGCAUUUCACCACCUCUCCUUCCUUUCUGUUUGUAAAUAGCAAGUGAAUAAAGGCAGCAAAGUUGUCUUUAA